AUGUCAAAACCGUCGAUGUGGAGUCUUGACGUGGACGAAAAUGACUCGCUGGAAUCCGAUGCAGAGUACGUUGAAUGGCGCACCGCUAGCACUCGCACCACGUUUGAUGGAGCUGCUGGUGGCAAAACUCAAACGGCUGCGAUGCGUAAUCGUCCAAAGCGAACCAGCAGUCGCAGAGCGGUGUCUUUCGGGAAAGAACGCGAUAGACGUUUGUACGCUGGAGCAGCAGAUUUCGGUGAUGAUCGCAGUGCGACGUCAAUCUCUUCAGCGGCAGAGGAAGAUGAAUUAGUUGAACUGCAAACUGCGAUGGAGCAAAAGAACGCUCAUUUUGUGAAAGUCGCCAAAAUCGUUGUGCUCUUUAUAAUCUGGCUUAUAUUCACGGGUUUGCUUUUGGUACUACCCGAACAUGAACAUCCCCAAUCAAAUUUCGUAUGCGUUAACAAUGGUUCGGAGAAAGUUUUCAAUGUGCCAGAGGAAUCAUUGUCGAAAGGAUUUUUCAUUACCGCAACCGGACCAUUUAUAAUGCUCUCGAAGGAUCAGUUGAAAAAAUUGGCUGGCAAAGAAAAAAAACUGACUAUACAGCUUUUACAAAUUAUCAAUAAUGAACGACAUGAAGCCACCAAACCGUGGGUAUUACAUUUGGCAGACACCAAGAACUUAGACGAUAUACAUCUUGUGGAACGCAAAAAACUGUUCGCCUUGCAAUAUAUGUCCGCGGAGGGUAGCAAAAAGUUACAAAUCAGCAUGAUCACCAAUCUACCGCAACCGCUUUCGCUGGAGUUCUAUUACGAGCCGUCGCCGAUCAAUUUGGAAGUUGGUGUUGUUGUUGCGCUAUUAUUAGUAGUUGGUUUCUAUUUCCUGCUAAUGUUGGAUAUCGUGCAUCGGGCGCUCGCUAUAAUCGUCUUUUGUACGCUCGCCAUUAGCAUGUUGGCGCUACUAAACUUGCGACCUUCGCUGCGUACCAUCAUCGAUUGGAUCGAUUUUGAAAUACUACUGGAACUAUUCGGCUUGACGCUCAUCAUUGCCAUAUUGGCAGAGACGGGUAUUAUCGAUUAUAUUACCGUACGCAUCUACGAGAUCUCGAAUGGUCAUAUCUGGCCAAUACUUAACUGCUUGUGUCUGAUCACUUUAGUGUUGUCAUCGCUACUUGAUAACAUUCUGAUGGUGUUAUUGAUUGCACCAAUUACGAUGCGUGUCUGCGAGCUAAUGCAACUCAAUCCAUUGCCAUUACUCUCCUGCCUGAUUAUCUAUGCGAAUGUUGGUGCCACUUUAACGCCAAAUGGUAUGACACCGAGUAAAUAUGUUUUGGCUCAUGAGGUUUUACGGCGCGAAGGCAUCGACGGUUACGUCUUUAUCGAACACGUUUUACCUGGUACAUUGAUAGCCGGUGCAAGCGCAUACCUAUAUAUGCGUAUACUCUAUCACGACUCGAAUACGAUGCGCUAUAAAGAUGGUGCUGAGAUUGAACGUUUGCGUCGCGUGAUUAAGGUGUGGUCGCGCACUGCGAAGAGUAUUAGCCCAUAUUCGAAAGAUGAGCAGGCUAUGCGUGAUACAGUCUUAUCGAAGGUGCGCCGUUUGCGUAGACGCUUGAAACGUAUUGGUAAGAUGCCAGCACCACCGCCGGACUAUAAAGAAAUGGUGAAGGCGCUUAAAAUUGAAUUUAAAAUUACUGAAAAGGCGCUUCUAUGCAAAUGUUGCAUCGUCUUGUUUUUCGUGUUCCUACUCAUCAUACUGCAUCUCGUACCGAAUUUGCAUUUCCUUUCUACAGCUUGGACCGCAUUGCUCGGCUGCAUACUACUGCUGAUAUUGGCCGAUAAUGAAGACUUCGAUGGCAUACUCGGUCGUAUUGAGUGGUCGACAAUGCUUUUUCUCGCCUGCGUCAUUGUAUUCUCUGAGGCUACAAAUCAGAUGGGAUUAUUCGAUACGAUUAGCAAUGUGACGGGCAAUCUUAUUAGUUACAGCAGUUCUAGUGCGCGUUUAGUUGUCGGCAUUCUGAUAGCCGUAUGGUGGUCAGCAUUUUGUGCAGCCUUUCUAACCGGUCCUUCGGUGACCUCGUUAAUGUUACGCGCUGUCACCGUUGCCGUAGAAGAUAUCGAAGAGGAACAAUUGCCGCUGCAACCGUUCAUUUGGGCCGUAAUAUUGGGCUCCGGUUUGGGCUGCAUGGGCACGAUAAUCGGCACCUCGGCAAAUGUUAUAUGCGCGGGUUUGGCAGAGAAACAUGGCUAUAACUUUCCAUUUCUCUACUACUGCAAGGUCGGUUUCCCUAUUAUGUUGGUGUGUAUGACGAGCGUUACCAUAUAUCUGUUGAUUGCUCAUGUGCUUUGUCAUUGGCAUUAA